UCGUGGAUAUUUUGAAGUUGAUUUUUUGUUUGAUGGCAGUAAUACAAAGAAGAAGAUUAAAGUAACUAUCUGGCGAACCAAUCAACAAGAGAGAAAGAAAACAUUCAAACCAAGCUUAUUUAUUAUAUUUGCUGAUCACCCUGAACUGGACAAAGAAAAUCAACAAAAAGAAGAUAAGACAGAUAAACUGGUUGACGAAGUCAUGGAAUUUGCAAAGAAAACUAGACUACCAUGUCAAAUUGCUGGAAGAAAAAUCAUGUUUUACGGAGGAUCAUCCAGUUCUGUUUUUAUUCACUACAAUACAGACAAAGGUGUAAUUGAGGAACUUGUUAAAAAAGGAUUCCGACAAUUUGAAAGAGGCGAUAUAGAAGAAGAGGAAGACGAAAUUCAUUAUUUUAAACGAAUGGCAGAGUAUGCGUAUGGAGAAACAGUUUUGCCAGUCAUCAUUUCACUUAGAAAAGGAGGGUUGAGGAAAUCUGUGAUGCGCAGUGCUGCAGAAUCAAGAAUACCUAUAAUUCGAUUGAAGAAACACACAUAUGAUGUUGCUGUUUUGACACCUGUGAAGUAUGCUAACAGUAAAUGUUCAGUACAAAUGACAGAACAUAUCACAGAUGUUAAGAACCCAUGGAGUGUCAAGAAAUCAAAGUCAAAAUUUUUUGAUUUGGGACGUUAUGAUAAAGAGGAUGACCCUUACGAAAUAGAGUUUAUCUCAGAGGGUCCAGCUGACUACAAACAUAACUUUGAUGCUCUGAUAUGCUGUUUAAUAAUCGGAGUGUCGAUGGAAAGCAAAUCCCAGAGAAAGCGAAUUUAUGGGAACUAUACUGAUAUUUACCCGAAUGCCUUAUCGAUGUAUCUUCUAAAGGAAGGUAAAUGGAAGAUUCCAAAAGAACAUAUUAAGAAGUCAUUUAACCAGCGAUCAAUAGAGUACAUCUAUGAGAAGGAUUUGGCUUCUGAGUUUGAAAGCGGAUUGUGGUCAGAUUUACAGAAAGACACAAACAUGGCAUAUAUAUCUCCGCGGUUCACCGAUCAUAGAGAAAGCAGAGGUUUAUUUGGAUAUUUUAUGAAUACCGACUCUGACAGUGAUUCCGAUGAUGAAAGUGAAUUUGAAGAUAUUGCAUUUGAUAAUUACGAUAGCGAAAUAAACAUGCAUGAAGGACGAACAAGUGAAAAAGGAUCGAGACUGAAGGUGUCAAUAUCUGAGUUAUAUGGGCUUAUAUUUUUGGCCCUUUUACAAAAAGAGUAUUGGAACGGAGCAAAACAGUUAGUCGAAACUGGAUGCAUUCGAAUACACUAUAUUCUUGUUGGAUGUGUUAUUUUAGAAAAUGUUGCAAAAAACUGGCGAACUGCUCCUUUACUACAAGACAGACUCAAGAGAUUGAAUCAGGCCUUUACACAGAGGGCAUCUCGAAUUCUAAAGUGUAUAUAUGAGGCUGACACAAAAACUGAAAAAGAUAAACAGAAUCAGAAACGAAGGCAAUCUAAUGAAAAAGAGACGGAAACCUCUAAUAAAGUGGAAAUGGAAUUAGGUGAACAUAUUAAUCAUGCUGGAAGACUGUUGUUGAACCAUGGAUACAUGGAAGAUGCUAUAAAGACAGAGAACAAAACCUUUCUGGACAACACCGAAGUGAAGCAGAUUAUAAACAAAAUGUGGUAUGGAACAGAGAAGAGAAAUUUUAAAACGAUUCUUGUUUUUUUUGUUCUUGCAACCUGUCACAUCAUAUUGCUACCCUUACUGAUGAUCACUAUGGAAAGUCGUCCGUUGCGGUGGUUUUAUAAGCAAUACAAACUGCCUUUCAUGAAAGUUUGCAUUGAUUUGCUUGGAUUCCUGUCUCUACUUAUUGCUUAUGCAUACAUGCUGCUGUUUGAUUACAGUAAAGAUGGAAUUUCCCGAACAGACUAUUUUAUAAUCACUUGGAUGGUGAGCUUUUUAUUUGACGAAAGCAAACAGCAAAUCGUCGCAAUCAUACGAAACAAAUGGAAAUGUUACGUUGCUGACUGGUGGAACCGUUUGGACUGGAUAUCAAUUUUGGUAUAUACCACUGGAAUGCUUUUGAAGAUAGGCGAAAGACAGAAUCAACAAGAAACAUCAAAAGUGUUUUUGGUCGUAGCUUUUAUGCUUCUCUGUAUACGGAUAUUACAUCUAUUUUGUAUGUCAGAGAUUCUGGGUCCAAAGUUAGUCAUGAUUCGCAAAAUGAUAGAGAUAAACUGUCAACAGUAA